AUGUCUUCCAUAAUCGACAAGUGUUAUACCUCGCUCCACCUCUUCCCCUCGAAGUCGCCCCUCAAGCCCUCCCCCUCGCCGUCCUCCUCUUGCCACUUCGAAGAAACUCUCGCUCUUCGUCUCAGCUCCCUCCUCCCAAUCCCCGGCCACUCGCUGCAGGUCCCCCUCCCUUGGGUGGCCCGCGCCGUCCACCUCCUCGCCCUCACCCUUGCCAGCGCCGCGGACCUCGUCUCCGACCACUCCCUCCGCGGCCCCGACCCGGAUGACCUAGUUGCCCUCCUCGACGCCGGCGUUACCCUCCUCGACGCAUGCAACGCCGCCUCCGCCGAGGUCGCCAGGUUGGAGCGCUGGCUCCUCCCCCUUCGCUUCGUUCUCCGCCUCCUCUCCGACGAGGAGUCGCUGACGAAAGAGAGAAUCCGACGGGCGCAGAAGGCGAUAGUCGAGUGGGAGAGCACGCCGAGCUGCGAGAUCGAGGGCUCAGCAGGCAAGACGAUCCGGAUAAUGGCGCCCGAUGAGCCACCGCGUGGCAAGGCGUCGGUCGUGCGGAGGGCGACGUACGCGGUGGAGGCUGUCUCGCGCCUGGUAACGGCAGCAACGAUGGGGGCGAUCGGCAAAGGGGAGGCCGCUCUCCCGCACGACAUACGGGUCUCCAGCGACUGGCCGUGGGCGGAGGCCUACAACGAGGUCGCGGCGAAAGUUUCCGCCCGAAUAGGAACGGUGCCCCCCAGCGAGCUGGAGGCGGUGGAGGCGUCAGUGAGGAAGUUGAAGGCGGUGAUUUGCGGGGAGGAGCACGGAGACCGAAUGGAGAGGCUGGGGAUGGCGGUGGCAGCGUUGGAGAGCGCGACGGAGGAAAUGACGGACGGGUUGGACCGGCUGACGGGCAGCGUCAACGGAGCGUUUCAUGCGGCGAUGGGAACGAGGAAUGCCGCGUUGAGCCGCCUCCGGUCUGCUGCAAGUCGGCAUCGCAAGCAACUGUUGCACGCAAAACGGAAGCACUACUAA